GUGCUUGCAAUACAGAGCGAGAGAGAGAGAGAGAGAUAUUGGGUCAGAGACUGACAAAGCUGAUCCUGAAAUGCCACCAACAUAAAUGGAAGCAACUCAAAUCUCACACAUUGCACCAAUCAAAGAACUCAAACUAGAAAAGAGUGAUGGGAAUGGGAGAUGAGGCUUUUCCUUAGCUUUCUUGAGACUUCAGGUUCAUAGAUUAGUGAGAAGCAAGGAAACCCGUGUCGGGUAAGCAAUGCCAGUUCCUCUCGCCCCAUAUCCGACACCUCCGGUGCCUUUUACACCACCAAACGGUGCGCAGAGUCAACUUGUGUGUUCUGGCUGUCGGAAUCUCCUUCUCUACCCACUUGGAGCAACAUCUGUAUGUUGUGCUGUUUGCAAUGCCGUGACGCCAGUACCACCUCCGGGAACGGAAAUGGCUCAGUUGGUUUGUGGAGGCUGCCACACUCUUUUGAUGUACAUUCGUGGGGCAACCAGUGUACAAUGUUCAUGUUGUCACACGGUUAACUUGGCGUUGGAAGCAAAUCAGGUUGCACAUGUGAACUGCGGAAACUGCCAUAUGCUGUUGAUGUACCAAUACGGAGCACGAUCUGUGAAAUGCGCAGUUUGCAAUUUCGUAACAUCAGUUGGGGCUUCCGCAAGCACCGAGCAGAAGUUCAGUAACUGAAAAUCCAGGAAUAGCAUAGUCAGUAAAUUCGGACUUCUAAAAAGCUUGUUCUUCCUCAUUUUAGUGCCUAAAGUAUUUUAUGUUAUUGAUAGGUGAGGAAUUCCGCUCUAGCGACUCCACUCCACUCUCCAAAAGUUAAAUGUAAAGAGCUCUUUUUUCUAUUGGAGUUCUCGUUGAAUAAGUAGUUUUGGGCAGGUUUGAUUUGUGAAGAUCAUUCUACGGAACUGUUAUAUUAUAAGUGCAGUUAGAAAACUCCGAUUUUGAUAUUUAACUUUCUUUCAUCUUCUCUGCAAGUGCGCAGAGUGAGAUUGUUGCUAUUUAAUAGUAAGCAGUGUGAGGAAAGUCCAUUUGUGUAUGUCAGUGGCAUGAAGAAGCCAUGGCAUGUCUUCAUUUCCCAAAUUGUCAAACAAUCCAAGUACUAAUAUACUAUCAGUGUGUAUACUUUUGUUGAA